GAAAUCUUCAAUUGGUUUUAUUAUAAUGUUUAGUAAGUCAAAAAGAAGCAAAGCACGUUUAAUAUCAAAUAUAACAAUAAAAAUUGCUGCAAAUCUUGAUGUUGAUGAAUUGAAUUACCGUUUGAUCUAGUAUAUUACUACUUUUUUCUUCAAUAUAGAAUGAAAGAAUAACACAUUUCUUUAUUUUAGGAAACAACUGUUGGAAUUGGUGGAGCUGAUGAUGAGGAAGAAGAAAAUGGAUAUUUUGUUGCACCAGCAAUAGGUGAUUCAUUUGAAUCAGCAUUGUGUUUAUUACGAGAUCAAGUUGGAGCUGUUUGUUUUGAUAAAUAUAAACAAUUAUUUGUUCAAAUAUAUUCACGUCCACAUGCAGUUUUUACAAUACUUUCAUGA